UUGGAAAGAUUGUUUAUUUCACCACGUGUCUCGAUAUAAAUUUUAUUUACUUUAUUAUAAAUUAAAUAGGUAAAAUAUUUGCACGCACACUCUAGUAUAGCUUAAAUUGUCAAUAAUUUAUUUUAUUGAUAUAUUAUAAAUACCAAGUAUAAUAAAAUGGGUGAGAUAACAAACAUAAAAGAAGAAGGUGCCGACUCUACUGAGGUUGACAGUGGAAAAGACAUCAGUUAUGAAGAGAAAUUACAAAAUUGCAAUUCAAUUGCAAUGCCUAUGGCUCCAAAAAAACUUACCAAAAAAAUUUAUAAAUGUAUUAAGAAAGCCUCUAAACAAAAAUCUUAUUUAAGAAAUGGACUUAAAGAUGUUCAGAAACACUUGAGAAAAGGAGAGACAGGAAUCGUUAUAUUCGCUGGAGAUGUCUAUCCUAUCGAAAUAAUGUGCCAUUUGCCAAUUGUCUGCGAAGAUAAAGAAAUACCAUAUUGUUAUGUUCCAUCGAAACAAGACAUUGGCACAGCAAUGGGUGUUAAAAGAGGCAGUUUGAUGGUACUUAUUAAAGAACACCCAGAUUACAAAGAUUUAUAUGAUGAAAUCAAAGAAGCAGUUCGCUUUCUAGCAUCACCACUUUAAUUUAAUACUGUUAAUGAUAAGGUAAAUU